AUGUGGCUGCAGAACUUGCUUCUCCUGGGCACUGUGGUCUGCAGCAUCUCUGCACCCAGCCGCCCACCCCACUUUGUCACCCAGACCUCACAGCAGCAUGUGGCUGCCAUCAAGGAGGCCAGGAGCAUUCUGAGACAGAAUAAUGAUACUGAUGCUGUGAUGAAUGAAACAGUAGAAGUCGUCUCUGAAGUAUUUGACUCGGAGGAGCCAACAUGCCUGCAGACCCGUCUGAAGCUGUACCAGCAGGGCCUUCGAGGCAGCCUCACCAGGCUCAGGGGUCACUUGGCUCUAAUCGCCAGCUACUACGAGCAGCACUGCUCCUUCAUCCCGGAAUCUUCCUGUGAAACCCAGAUAAUCACCUACAAAGGUUUCAAAGAGGACCUGAAAUCUUUUCUCAAUGAAGUGGCCUUUGACUGCAAGAAAUCCAGUUUAGAAGACUGA